UCCAAUUUCAAUUCCCUUUCCGUUUUCUUUCAAUUCCCUCCCAAUUCUCCCGAUCCCGCCUUUUCUCUCUCACCCACUCCCGCCCCUCAAAAAAAAACCCUCAAAACCCACAAUCGGGUCGGGUCGCUGGAUGUCUGGCUCUCGGCCUCCGAACCUGCCGGUGCAACCGCUAGAACCGAUCAUGCAGCAGCCCCCGAAGCGGCAGCUCCCCUUCUCCUCCAUGAAACCGCCGUUUUCAGCUGCUGCAGACUAUCACGGCUUCCUUCCCGACCCCCGCCAAUGCACUGAUCAAGAAACCUACGGCAUAACCGUCAAGCCCCCUCAGCUAAAAAGGAAGAGUGACGCAGUAGAUUGCGAAGCUGAGUCUACCGAUAGGACAACUGCUCCUGGAUACACUGAAGUAGCUAACAUCCCCCUCCAGACUCCUGUGGCAAACAAGGUUGGAAGGGCAAACAAAGCAUCAAGGCUUACAAAGUGCAGCAAAUCUGGACCGCAGACUCCAGCUUCCAAUGUGGGUUCUCCUUCUGGUGCUAAUGUUACUCCGGCCGGUCCGUGUCGUUUUGACAGCUCCCUAGGUCUCUUAACAAAGAAGUUUAUCAAUCUGAUCAAACAUGCGGAAGAUGGUAUUCUAGAUCUCAAUAAAGCUGCUGAUACUUUGGAGGUCCAAAAGAGGCGGAUAUAUGAUAUAACAAAUGUUCUUGAAGGAAUAGGUCUCAUAGAAAAGAAGCUCAAAAAUAGAAUUCAGUGGAAGGGACUUGAUGUCUCGAGGACAGGAGACGCGGAUGAAAAUUAUCCUAGUUUACAGGCACAAGUUGAAGGCCUAUCUACCGAGGAGCGCAGAUUAGAUCAGCAAAUAAGAGAAAUGCAAGAAAGGUUGAGGGACCUGAGCGACGAUGAAAGCAAUAAGAAAUGGCUUUUUGUCACUGAAGAAGAUAUUAAGGGCUUACCUUCCUUGCAGAAUGAAACCUUAAUAGCAAUUAAAGCUCCACACGGCACCACUCUUGAAGUCCCAGAUCCUGAUGAGGCCGUUGACUAUCCCCAAAGGAGAUACAGGAUGCUUUUGAGAAGCACAAUGGGUCCUAUAGAUGUUUACCUUGUCAGUCAAUUUGAGGAGAAGUUUGAGGAGAUUAAUGGUGUCGAAGUACCUACAAACAUCCCUUCAACUUCAUGGGCUAACGAAAACCCAGCUGCAACAAUGGUUGCAGAGGAUAGAGGGAAGGAUGUUGAAAUGCAGGUACCAGAUGAUCAUAGAAUGUCUGCUGAUCCUACUGCUGCCCAGGACUUUACUAGUGGGAUUAUGAAGAUUGUUCCCUCAGAUGUUGAUAGUGAUGCAGAUUACUGGCUUUUAUCAGAUGCUGAUAUUAGUAUCACAGACAUAUGGAGAACGGAACCUGGGGUUGUAUGGAAUGAUUUGGGUGCACUUGAUCAAGAUUAUCCGUUGGUUAAUGCCAGCUCACCACGUCCCCAAACUCCACCGUCCAGCUUAAUUGAAGUACCUUCCACUACCAGCAACCCUACAAAGACUUGAAGCCUGGAAGUGAUUCGUUAAAUGAAUCUAAUUGCUGAUGCAGACUCGUUUUUUGGGAACCUAUGAUGACCAACCAUCUCCUGUAUUUGUUUCACCGUGGAGGUUGGGUUGAAGGUUCUGGAAGCUGCCCAAGUGUUCCAGGAAGAUCCAUCGAAGGACCAAGGAACAACGUAAAGGUAGGUGGAGGUAGCUGUUUUGUUGUACAUUUAUGUAAUAUACAAAUCUCUGUGACGUAGCGGCAAAUAAGAGGUUAAAAUUGUUAGUACAUCCUUGUAUGUUAUUAGAAUCGGCAGGCUUUUGUUGGAGUAAUCAGAGUGAAGAAGUCAAGAAAGUCUGAAUAUCGUCGAAUAGAGAAUAUGUUAGUGUAAUCGCCUCGUUCUGUUUUCAAUCAUACUGAUGCCGAAUUGCUUCAUGACAGUUCGGUUUCAACUCAAGGGUAUAGUCCCCUACUCUCUGUAAAUUUAAGCUUUGAAUUACUCAAGUGCAGCUUGUUCAUGCGA